AUGUCGGACAAUAUUGCCAAACCUUUCAUACCGGAGAUUGAAGACCCUUGUUUUUUUCACUUCGAGCCUCCACGUGAUGAUGCUGCAUUCCACGAACUGAGGGAACACUACUCCAAGCUCAGAAGCGCCCCGCUGCUAAGGUUCACAGAGACGGACGAAGAACACGAAGCACGUAUUGAUGCCAUCGCCGGCGAGCGCAAGGCCGUCAGUAUUCCAAUCACAGCGACCGCGCGCUGGAAGCCAUCGCAGGCACCAUGGUCUAUCAUCACAGAAGAGGGCCACCGUCCUGUCCCUGCCGUCGUUCGCCAUCCUGAUUUUCAACAACUUGAUCAGCUUGAGUUUCGUCUCGUAGAUGGCCUCAAGACAGGUCACCAGCAAUGCGCUCAAGUGUACAAGGGAACACUGUCCUUGAGGUCGUCAUCUGAACCGCCGGUUACUGUCGUCUUCAAGAUAUUUCAAGAGUGUUACAUUCCAUUGCCGUGGAACCUUCAUCCGGAAAUGGGCUUAGAUCAUGGGUUCUGGCCCGACGGAGCUCAGCAGGCCAGAGUACAUACGUGGGCACACCAGCAGCUCAAGUCGAUGCAAGGCAAACAGAUCCCGUGGCUAUAUGGAGUAUUCAAGUUUAAUCUGCCCUCAGAAGAGGCAUAUGGACUUGUGACAGAGUAUGUCGAGGGAGUGCCUGGAUACUGCGUUCAACUGGACUCGAUAUGGUCAAGUAAGGACGAGAUGCGGAAGCUGGCCGAAUAUGCUCUCUGUGCGACGCUCGAUAUGAGCGAGCGAGGAGUUGUACAUGGUGACAUCAUGAAGCAGAAUCUCAUCAUCCGACAAGGUGAUACAAAAUUCCCCAUCGUGUUUAUUGACUUUGGGCACGCAACGGCUGUCAAAGAUGAGACACGUGUCAAUAAUGGCUGCCAGAUACUUCAAGAACUCGUCCGGAUGGGAUUCCCAAAGGAAGUGCUUCGAUAUGGCUGGGAGAAAUGGAUGGAAAAGAUUUUGCAGUAG